CCCUUUCUUUGCCAUCUCUUGGUUCGAAGGUAUCGGUAAUUUGAAUGCGUCUUCUGUUUCCCACUCCUGUCAUCACGGUCUUGAAUCUGAGAAAGCAGUCAAGCGAUCGAAUCAACGUAAUUAAAGACACAACCAGUGAAGGAAGAAAUGUCGGGAGUAUCUCUUGCAGUGGCUCCUCGGUCGGAGCCUGACAAAAGCAGCACCUCGGCAACAAAACCACCCCAACAGGAGCAACAGGCUGUGAUGGGUGGUGUGAUGGGAUCACUGCGCGUGAUAGAGCUCCAGCUCGUAGCAUUUAUCAUGGUUUUCUCAGCUAGCGGUCUCGUCCCACUCCUUGAUCUACUCUUCCCUGCCUUGACAACUGCCUAUCUUCUAGCCCUUGCACGCUUCGCCUUCCCUUCCCAUGGCACUACUGUCAGUUCCGGCUCGCAGGAAAUUUUCCACGGAAGCAAAUUCUUUAGGUUCUACGUGGUUGUGGGAACAACAAUAGGGCUGUUCUUGCCGCUGGCAUACGUCCUGGGUGGUUUUGCCAGGGGAGAUGACCAGGCAGUCCGGUCAGCCACACCUCACCUCUUCUUACUCUCUUUUCAGAUACUCACUGAAAAUAUUAUUAGUGGGUUAUCUCUGUUUUCCCCACCGGUGAGGGCAUUGGUACCGUUGCUGUAUACAGUUCGGAGGAUCUUUGUUAUCAUUGAUUGGGUAAACGACGUGUGGGUUAACAAAACACUGCCUGCAAAUGCACCAUUUAAGGAGAUUGCAUGGUGUUGGUUUGGGAGGAGCCUUGCAGUUGCCAAUCUAGUAUAUUUCUCAAUCAAUAUGUUUGGUUUUUUGAUUCCGAGAUUCCUUCCGAGGGCUUUCGAGAUGUACUUCAGGGAGAGGGAUGAGAUCCACGCCAAGACUGCGGAGGAUAAACACUCUGCUGCUAUCAACAAGUCCCAACCAAAAGAUAAGAAGGCUGAUUAGUUCGAUCUGUUAUUUGUUUGUGCCCACAUAUAGUAUGUUAUAUAUCGAUAGUUUUUGUUACUACGUACACUACUAUAUAUGACUUUGUUUUUAAA